CGGCAAAAAAAAUCUGACAGACUGUUUCUUUUGAUAAAAUUCACGAACAUCGGUGAUGAUAACGAAAAAGUAGCAAACUUCCGGAACUAGUACGAUGAUGAGUAAUGACGAAGACAUAUCCAGUGCAAAGUCCUUUACUUAGUAAUUCUUGUGAAAUCUUAUCGGUGUUAUUUGGAGAGAAACAAAAGUCAGCUGAAACGUCAAGAUGGAGUGCAGAAAGUCUGUCAUCGAUUUAACCCGUUUGUAAACAUGUAAGCAACUUCUUAGAAAUGCUCUAAUUUUACUAUGAUAGAAGAACAGCAAAUGGGCUCGCAAACAUUGGAAAUCUUGAGACAAGGUGUUUGGGCUUCUUUAACGGGGGGUUGGUUUUUUGACCCCCAUCAAGAUGUGUUUUGUAACACUUUCCAUCUUUACAUCUGGCUUUUCUUGCUGUGUUUACCUUUCACAAUAUACGUGUAUUUUCCCCCGACUCGGUACAUGUGGUAUUUCUAUUGUUUGUCGGUGACAGUCGUCUUAGCAGUGAUCAAACUUGUAAAUUAUGGCUUACACCACAUGUAUGACACAUCGGAAUGUAUACAUGAAGAAUCUGAAGAGAAUUGGCAAGAAGUCAAAAGGGAAGAAGAAGGCAUCGAGUUGCAAGUUCUUUCAACAAAACACCCAGAAAUUAACCCACCACCUGGCAUUCAUGGAUCUUUUAUAUCAUACACGGAGGGUUGUUUACCAAGUACAGAUGCUGAAAGUUUGGCAUCAACUGAAUUUCAGCAACCCGAAAAUGUAAAGGAUACCAAACCUAGUAGCACUAUAGACUUAAAGGCAGAAGUCCAUCGCAAGAACUCCUCCGAAAGCAGCGAAGGCGCCGCAGCUCCCGUCUUAGAAAUAGUAACCUACCAACCCGACGUGCCUGAUAGGAAAACGAAAAAGGCGGACCGUCGUUCGAAACACCAGCGUUCGAAAACCGACGGCUUCGUCUGUGUGACCGUCAAAGAUGACACCAAACAAAACCGCUCUAGUUUCCGUAAACUGUACCAACAGAGCAGCGCCGACUCUACGGACGGCAACUUAUUGGCACAACAGCGUCCGUCUCUACAGAGUGUCGAUAGCGAACAAGGGUCUUCAAACACUCGAAGACACUCCAACUUCACCAACAGCAGUCUGAAUUUCAUACCGUCAAGUGUCCAAGCUGAGAUCAAACCGACGGGUUCUCUAGAACUGGGAUACAUAGACAAAAAUCCAAACCAGUCGCUCACGUCGGAGGCCUUCUACUUCAAGAACAACAGAAGUGGAGUAAGGAGGAUUAGAAGUACUGCUCUGGAGACGUGCUGUCCGGCUCCAUCUUUGACGGUGCAUCCGAACAGUUUGGAGGUUAUAGGUUGCAAAUGUGCGCGAAAUCCUUUGCCUCCGCCUAGCUCUAGUUUAGUGAGGAACCAGCACUUGAAUCUGUGUACGUACUACGGUUCAGAAAUUGUUUAUCCAAUAGCAGAACAGUCCGACGAGCACCAGACUUCUCACGGUCCGGAUACGGACGUGGACUCUUCAGCACACAUUUCCGACUCGGAUUUUGAGGAGAACCAAGGAAGCAAUUCGCCUCUGUUCUACAUAACUGUGAAAACGAUGACUCGAAACGUGCCUUACGACAAAUCCCAUCCCAAAAUUGAAGAAAAGUGUGGUGAAGAAAGGACAAGCGCGACGUCGAAAGACGCCCUCCUAGAUAAUGAUAAUUCGAAUUCGAGUGCCACGCCCGAAAUGCACGACGCAAGGACUGACUGUUACGGGACGGAUAACGAAUGCAGUGAUAAAAAAUUAAUGAAUGAGCCAAAUGUCUUCCGGAAGAGGAACGUGAAGAAAAAUAGGAAAAGGAAGUUGGGGGAAGCGGUCAAAAUGGGCGAUGCCGAGAAUUGCACGAGUUUGGUCGAGCUGGAUUUGGAUUGGUUGUUCGAUGACGAGAAUCAUAGGAAUCAGCAUCGGAUAGAACCUUUGAAAAGAGACACAGAAUGGUCAAGUACCACGACCGUAUCCUUAGAACAUGACGUAAGCAAAGUCCUACAAGAUCCAGUUCCUUCAGCUCGCAGUUUAGGUGCGAUCCCCAAGAAAUCGCGUACCAACUCUAGUCACAACGAUCAAUCCGGCCGCAGAACCCCAAAAAGCGAAUCAGAAAAAUGCAGCAUGUGUCGGUGUAAGUCCGACCGACAGUCCGAGGAGAACGAACCUGCGAGGUCAUCAAAAGAGAACAAAAUCACCCAAACGCUUAGACAGAACGAGUGCCCUAGUCCAGUGGAAGGACUCGAAUGUAUAGUCGUACCCCAGCAAAAAUCCCAAAGAGUCAACAUUUCGAAACGCUACGAAAAGAAUUCCAGAGACCGGAAUGAAGAGGGAUCAUCAGGUGGUUCUAAUAAUGAAUUGAGUACGCUUUUACCGACGCCUCCGCUUUUGUCUGCGUUCUUGGCCUCUAGAAGGGAUUAUCCGUUGUCUGUUUAUUUGCCGCCUACUGAAGGGUUUAAGUUGAACCACGCUUCUCCGCAGAGGAGUAGGUUAAAGAGGAGUCGGGUGAGUAGGAGGAGGUCUGGACAAAGAAGUAAGAGGGAUAGUGCAAUAGCGAGUUCUUUGUCGGCGGGACAUGGAACACAUUGUGCCAAAAAUUUCAACGAUACGACGGACGGGUCUGUGCACUGUUUCAUGGACGAACACGGGAAUUGGAUAACUUACACGUUUGACGAAAAAGGAUUGGGAACAGCAAAUACUCGACUUCAAGACAAGCCCUCUACGAGCAACAAAACGUCGUCGGUUCGCCGUCGUCAAAGUGACACCGCCUCGACAUCGCGCACCACCAGGAACAACUCCCAAGAUUUAUGUGACAGCAACAGCACUGAAUCGAUAUGUAAUAGCUCAGUGUCUAUAAUCUUAGACGCCCCCCCUUCAAAGACUCCAUCCAACACCAUGAUCCCUGUCCAGAGUUCAACAGAUAUUCAUCCAUCACAGCCCUCAAGAGUGCGAGAUUCAAUCCGUCGCAGACUUUUAUCAAAUCCGGGGAUAGACCCCCUCGACUCAUUGAUUAGUAUAGUGCAAGGUGAUAACGACGGUGAUGUCGAGGCAAAUUUAGGCAGAAACCAAUUUAAGUUUAUUCAAAAUUCCGAUCAAGUGAAUAACAAUUACCCAAGGACGAAGUCGUUUUACAAGUUUAAAGUGUUUCCGUGGAUUUACGUCAAAGUGACUUUAGAUCGGUUGAAACUGCUUGCGUUGUUAGAUAGGAACUUGACGUUUUUCGAAACGUUGCUGUCGAUUUUUUUCGGGAUUCUAGUCUCCGUUUCUGGUGCUAUUUUGUUGUAUUAUAAUUUUUACGAAGAUUUGAUGGCUUUCAUCUUUUGUUUCGUUAUGGCGAGUUGCCAAUAUUCGCUAAUUAAGAGUGUGCAGCCUGACGCGGCGUCGCCUACUCACGGUUUUAAUAGGAUCAUAGCCUACUCAAGACCUAUAUAUUUUUGCAUAUGCUCUUGUGUCAUCCUCACUCUAAAUUCCUAUAUUGACCAAAGCUCUGAAGCUCAGUCGUAUAGUCUUAGCAGCGGGGGUUUGACAAAUGCGCAGGUGUUGUUACUCAUCCGUGAUUUUCUCGUCAAGUUCAUACUCUUUUUUCCGAUAUUGUUUUCGCUAGGUUUGUUUCCUCAAGUCAACACCUUCGUCAUGUAUCUUCUCGAACAGAUCGAUAUGCAUAUUUUCGGCGGAAAUGCAAUGUCGAGUCUUCUCGCUUCGUUCUAUUGCAUAUUCCGUUCGAUUUUGGCUGUGAGUGUAAUGACCGGUUUUGCCUAUGGAGGUCUAAUCGAACCGAAAGGUUCCCGACAUAUUUUGUUUUCGAUAUUUUGUGCCUGUUUAGUGGCUUGUUCUUAUCAUUUGAGUAGAAGUGCAAGCGACCCCUCUCAUAUAUGGAACAUCGUGAAGAGACACGUGUUGCCUACCGAUCUCUACAGGGAACAUAGUAAAGAUAAAGUCGAUAAAGUAGAGAGCAAAGAAGAGAAACCACUAACUGAAAAGAAAGAAAAAUCGGUGAAGUUUCCGAGUGAAACCAGCGAGACUAAAGCUGGAGUGGAUCAUGUGGACCCUUUACCUCACAAAUUGCAAAAAACCGUAAACGCUCGACUUAAAAAUGAUAUCAUUUUGUGCGGAUUAAUAGCGGUUUUAGUGUUCAGUGUGCAUGCCAGUACUGUAUUUACGGCGCUUCAACCGGAGUUGAGCCCCGUCUUGUGGAUUAUUUCAGCAGUUUUGGGGUUUAUACUACACUAUGUUACGCCACAAUUAAGGAAACAACUGCCUUGGAUGUUCAUAGCUAACCCUGUAUUGAGAUCAAGGGAGUUGAUGCAGUAUCAGAUAAGAGGUCCUGCUAAAAUCAUGUGGUUUGAGAAGAUGUACAUUUACUUGUGUUUUGUGGAGAGGAAUAUUUUGUAUCCAUUGUUGUUCCUGUCGGUUUUGACUGAAGAUUCCCCGAAUGUUGCGAAAAAGUUUGGAAAACUUGAAGGCUCUUUCAUUGUUGUUGUGUGUGGCUUAAAGUGUUUGCGAGGCUCUUAUUCGAAUCAAGGUUUCCAGUACCUCAUUGUCACUUUCACGGCUUUGUUUUUUCGGUACGACUAUGGUUUCCUUCAGCAGACGUUCCUUGUAGAGUACUUUUUUAUGAGCAUCAUAUUCCACAAGUUCUACGAACUACUGUUAAAGGUCCAAUUCGUGGUGACUUACAUCGCUCCAUGGCAGAUCACGUGGGGCUCGGCUUUCCAUGCUUUCGCUCAACCAUUCUCAGUACCUCAUUCCGCAAUGCUUUUUGUACAAGCCUUCAUUUCGGCUCUACUUUCAACACCUUUGAACCCAUUCUUAGGCAGCGCCAUCUUCUUAACGUCCUACGUUCGACCUGUAAAAUUUUGGGAACGUGACUAUAACACUCGAAGAGUUGACCACUCGAAUACACCGCUGUCAUCGCAUCUGGAUCGAAAUUUAGGAGCUGACGACAACAAUCUAAACUCGAUUUUUUACGAACAUUUGACACGGUCGCUGCAACAUUCUUUGUGCGGAGACUUGAUUAUGGGAAGAUGGGGAUUGGUGAAUCAAGGAGAUUGUUUCGUCUUGGCUUCAGAUUAUUUGAAUUGUUUAGUUCAUAUAAUCGAGUUGGGGAAUGGAUUGGUGACGUUUCAAAUGAGGGGACUGGAGUUUAAAGGAACUUACUGCCAGCAGAGAGAAGUUGAAGCCAUCACGGAAGGAAUCGAAGAGAACCACGUAUGUUGUUGUUACGAAGCAGACCAUUCCAUCGGGGUAUUGAGCAUCAGUUCCGCAUUCAGUCAGCGCUGGCUUGCCUGGGAGGUCACCGCAUCGAAGUACAUUCUGGAAGGCUACAGCAUAUCAGACAACAGUGCCGUUUCCAUGCUUCAGGUGUUUGAAUUUCGGAAAGUCCUGAUCUCAUAUUAUGUUAAAAGCAUCAUUUUCUACACCGUCCGCUCUCCCAAAUUAGAAGAGUGGCUGUCUUCUCAAACAAUCCUCCGAGCCCUUCAGCCCAUGGAACACAAGAACUUCGUCGACUUGGACCCCGUUUUCAACUAUAACAUCGACGAGGACUUCGACAUGUCCAGCAGUGGCAUGACACGCCACAUGUUUUGCCAAAUCCACGGAGAAUGGAUCACCUUCUGCGUAGAAAAAGCAGAGAAAAACGUCGAUUCCGGCAAUAAUUCGACUUUAGUUCUUUUGUGUUUCGCGUUGAGUUUGUUGGGUCGUAGGGCCUUGGGAGCAGUUUCACACAACACGGUUUCGAGCGUGGAGUUUUUUCUUUUCGGUUUACAUGCGUUGUUUAAAGGUGAUUUUCGUAUCACGUGUGCGAGAGAUGAGUGGGUUUUUACCGAUAUGGAUCUUUUGAAGACUGUAGUGGCGCCGGGUAUUCGGAUGUCCCUGAAGUUGCAUCAGGAUCAUUUCAUGUCGCCGGAUGAGUAUGAAGAAUUGCCAGCGUUGUAUGAAGCUAUAUGCAAGCACGAGGAAGAGUUAGUUAUAUCGCAUGAAGGGGAUCCUGCGUGGAGGAAUGCUGUACUUAGUGGAACGCCGAGUUUGUUAGCUUUGAGGCAUGUUUUGGACGACGGUACGGACGAGUAUAAAAUUAUAAUGUUGAAUAAACGAUACUUGAGUUUUCGGGUGAUAAAAAUAAACAAGGAAUGUGUAAGAGGUCUGUGGGCUGGCCAGCAGCAAGAACUCGUUUACUUACGUAAUAGAAAUCCUGAAAGAGGAAGUAUACAGAACGCAAAGCAGGCUUUGAGGAAUAUUAUCAAUUCAUCAUGUGAUCAACCCAUUGGUUACCCCAUCUAUGUAUCACCGUUAACUACAAGUUAUGCGGAAACAAAUGAACAAUAUUGCAGUCUAGUCGGAGGAUCAAUUAGUUUGACGAAAAUCAAAAAUUAUGUCUUCAAUGUGUUUAGACGUAUCCGUAAAAGAUGCGGCGAGGGUUGUUCAAGUGGCGCUUCAGCUCGAGAUGAAAUCGGGAUGGGUCAUGAGGGUGUGUACGCAAUGACAACGGUUACACCUCUCAAUCACCAGACUGCUGGAAGUCAGUCGACUGAUGGUUCUCACUUGAGUGGCAGCAUGGGACGAGGUUCCAGCCUCAGUAGAACAUCGUUGGGUGGUAAUAGAGGCAGUCUAGUUUCCGUGGGUAAGCCCACGAGCGCUACAUUGGCGAGCUUGGCUGGACUCUUCAAAGAAAAAGACGAAAGGGCUGUGUCGCAAGCUCCUGACGCUCAGCCUCGAAACGAUGAACGAACUGGCGACUUUGACGAGACUGCUGAGAAGGAGUACUCAGUACAGAGAGUUAGAAUUGUAGAUCCUAAUCUGGUAUAUGACGCUAUUAAUUUGGGGAGAAGGAUUGAUGUGACGUGGCCUACUGAGUACAUGAGGGUGAGAGGGGGGAGGUCGUUUUGGAAGGAUUGGGUACCUGAAACGGGAAUGGAGGGACCGGUGGUACAUAGGUGGACGCCUUGUCAUAAGGACCCUGGGAAAAGAUCGCACGUAGAUCGAACAAUACUUUUAGUUCAAAUUGAUGAGAAGUUUGUACCGAUUGCCGAAAGUGGCGUUCAAGAUCUCGGGCAAGAGGUAUAGCAUACGUUCACUUUACCAGAUCUUCUCAAACAUCAGAGGAGAGGUAAAAUCUGAUUUUAGACUUCCAUUAGGAUUAUAAUUACAAUAGAAAGACUUAAUUUUAUAUGAAUUGUUAAUAUCGUAAAGAAACUGAAUUUACAUAAAAAAGUAAGAAAACAAAGAUUGUACACUAGGUAAUGUUUUGUAUUGUUUUAACGGAAGUUAUGUUUUUUUACGACUUUCUUUUAAGUAGGGUUACUUUUAAUUAGUAUCACAGUGUUGAGAGAAGUUGUAAGUUUUACUCAUACACAGACUAAUAUUGUUUAACUGCCAUUCUUUUAUGAUUGUGAUGGAAAAUCAUUUGUUUUAUGAUGACAUACGUCCAAAGAUUUUGUACUUGAGAAAAUGUAAAAGUAAUUUGUAUUAUAAUAUUAGGCUUCUUAAUAUUUAUGAAUUGUUGUUACGCAGUUGCCUUAUUAAAAUAGACUGAUUUUUAUGUGUAUUUAGUUAAGAGAAAUGUACAAUUUUUCCAAUAAUUUAAAUCUAAUUAAAAAAAAAAAGAGGAAAAAUAGUUGCCGUAUUUACAUUUUAAAAACGCAUUUUAAUUACAGGUUUUUCCGUUAAGUUGUGCAUUAUACUGUUAUUAGUUAUUAAAUCAAUCACAUUGUUGCUGCAAAUUCCUAGAUAUAUUUAUAUUGUUGUGUAACUAUUAACCUCUUAUUUUUUAUAUAAACCAGAAUUUGGCCUAUAUUUCGGUUUGGUGAUUGUAAAUAAUCAUUUUGACAAACAAAAUAAAUACACUGAUUGUCUACAAUGUUGUUGGAAGGAUGAAUAAGACCAUCUAUUUAUUUAAAAUCUUUUAUUUAUGUAUAAAUAAUAAAUUAAUAAUACCUAGGGAUCAUUAAUAUCAAAUGUAUAUGCGAAAAUUAUCACUUAUUAGACUGAUUAUUACAGGAAAAUAAACACCAAAAUUUUUCGCGUAUUAAAAAAUGUUGGUGCUCUUUGUUAUCAUUUUAAAAAAUCUCAUAAUGGUAACUAUUGUCGAACAUGCAUACAUUUUAUAUAGACUAGGAAACCACAACAAAAUCAACGAAAUCCUACGAAAGACUUCAUAUAAACGUCACCAACUUAAAGCAUAUUGACGUACAUUUGCGCACUCUUCCAUUUGAAGCAGUAUUAAAAAUUUUGAUAUAUUACAUUAUAUGACACUUAUUAGGCUUACAUCGGUGUUAUACAAAAGUGUUAAACAAAGAUUAGGCCUUAUUCGAGCGGAGUCAACACAAAACUGCAAAUAAACUUUACGAAAAAAAAAAAA